GUUGAAGGAGAAAGUUUUGAGGUCAAUGACAAAAAUAAAAUUGAAGAAGAAAAAUAUAACAAAUCAGGAAACAGAGAGCAGUAGUCUAAAAUAAGCUAUCUUCAAAAUGCAUAAAUUCUCUUUCAUCUACUGAUUUUGCAGACCUAGCUUCAGACAUAGACCUGCUUAAAUUCCAUGAAAUAACCCAAGUCCUGAGGAUGCCUCUGAACACUCGUCGGGGCCAAGACAUUGACAAAGUUGCUGACUAUCUCAAGAACUUCAAGUUCCAGAUGAAGGAAAUCAAUGAAUGUAUCAACUUACUGAGCAAGAAAGAUUCAUCAGAAUCAGGAAAUACCCUUAAGGUAUUGGCCCAAGACAUGCAGCUUGAGGUCCUCAAUAAUGACGAGAUCGUGUUCGAUUAUGGCGAUGUGGAGAACUCAAAUUUUUAUAUUAUCCUGAGAGGUUAUGUCGGUGUGAAAGUUCCAACUGAAGUAAAACUUGAGCCCAUGAACGAUAUGGAGUUCUACUCCUAUCUUCUAAAGAACAAAGAUCAGAUUGUUCUGGAAAAAUCUGAAAUUGAUCCAAAUUUCAUUGAAACUCUAAAAGAAAAUAAGAAUGAGUCUAAACUGGGCAUAAAAUAAAUCCAAAACUCUUAUGUUGAAGAAAGAUAGCUUUAAAUAAUAGCAAAGAAAAGGUUGAGAGAAAAGUCUGCAUUAUGAAAGAAGUCAGCACACUUUCUGAUGGGGACAGCUUUGGUGAACUCGCUCUUCUUAGUAAUAAAUCCAGAGCAGCAACAAUUUAUUGUAAACAAGACCCAAAUAGAUCAGGAUUUGCAAGAAAUAAGCAUUACUUCGCGAUUCUGGGCAGGAAGGAUUUUCAGAAAACACUAGGACGAGCCCAAAAGAAGCAAUUACAGUUAAAAACUGACUUUUUACAGAAUUUCAAGAUAUUUUCUCAUUUUACCUUGCAAACUCUUCAAAAAUUAUCGUACUAUAUGGAAGAGAGGCAUUUUAUCCUAAACCAAACGAUAUGAAAGCAAGCUGAAGAGGCUAAGGGAGUUUUCCUUAUCAAAGAAGGCGAAUUCGAGAUGACAAAGCAUAACCCAUUAAAGAAGAACAAUUCCAUCCAAUCAAAAAUUAGUAGCUCGAGUUCUCAUGUGGUGAGAAUGAGUGAUGUAUCAAAGCUCUAAAAGAGAUCAGGAUCUGAAUAAUCUCAAAGCACCAGAUCUUCGGCCAUUUAGAAUGUAUUGAGGAUUUACCAAUGAACAUCACUGUAAAGGCUAUUAAAUAACAAUUGUUCUGCAUAUUUCAUCUCUAAAGAAGAGUUCAGGGAGAGGUUCAAUACAAAGCAUGCUAAAGAACUUCUGUUAAGACAAAAAUAACUUGAGUAGCAUUGACAGUAUUGAUUCGAGAAUUCAGACCAGAGAGGGAUUGAUCAACAAAGCACAUUGCAGCUCUAUGAAUCUUAUAUAAUUCAGGACCAGUUAAAUUAUGAGGAUGAAGGGGACAUAAUCAAAAAACUUCAGAUUAAAAAUGCCAUUGAAAAAGACGACCCAUUCUUUCAGGAAGAAGUAGUUCGCACUAGAUGGGCUAUGAAAAAGAAGUUGCUUAAUACAAGUCCUAAAAGGGGAAUUAAAAAGUCAGAUAAUUUUGACAUUUCAAAACCUCCUCUCGGAUCUAUAAGCAACAAAGAUCAGCUAGAGAGAAAGUUGAGGUUUACUAUUAUGAAUGAAGGGCCUAAUCUUGAACUGACUAGCAAGACUAAUGUGCUUUCACAUAAGAAUGAAAUCAAUUAUAUCUUAGAGAAAUAAGGAUGAGACUAUCAGAGCUCUUGACCGUAAAAUCUCAAAAUACCUAUCCAAAUAAAUACAAAACCCACCACUCAGGCCUCACCAGGCCACUUUCCCGAAUAAAAUUCCUGAAGAAGAGUAAAAUGAGUGUUCUCCCUAAGCCAACUACAAAAAGUCCCCAGAAGAAAGCUAAAAGUCAAAGCCUUAACAAAUCUCUGCUGAAGAAAUUUAGAAAUGAGAAAAUACAUAGCUCGUCGCGUAAAGAUUUCUUGCUGAAUGUCAGUGGGAUUGGGUGUGAUACAGAGAAGACAGCGAAAAAGUCCUUGCUCCCUGUCUUAAAGCCAAAGGUACGACAGAAGAAAGUUGUUAAAGUUAUGAAAUUUAAGCAAAAAUCGAAGAAAAGUCAAUACCAACGAUAUGAUUCGGGCUUGAAAAGUAUGCAUCCAAUUACAGAACCUGAUAUAAAGAUAUCUAGAAGUUUCCAAAAAGUGUUUCAUGUCAGAGCUCUAAGUGAGGAUAAACGAAGUUUUGAGCUCUAAGGUUUUAAUAUAUUUAUCCAAAGUAUC